CUGUAGCCAGUCUGGGGAACUGGGAGAGACAUGGAGAAAGAGACGGCGGACCCCCUGGCUGGCGCAGAGCAGCAGCAUAGGCAACCAUGGCUGGAGAAUCGGGUGUCAGAGUAAUGCUUGACCUCAGGAAACACCAAAUUUCUUUUUCCAGUCACAGAACUGCGGGUCGAAACUCACUAGGUAGGAGGUUCAUCAGCUGGGAAGAGCCGGCGGCUGGGGGGGACUUGGCUGGAUAGGUAUGGGGGAUCGAGGCCGGCCCCCUAGUCCCCGGUCCCCCCAUGGCAGUCCUCCAACUCUAAGCACCCUCACGUUCCUGCUGCUCCUCUGUGGACAGGCUCACUCCCAGUGCAAGAUCCUCCGCUGCAAUGCCGAGUACGUCUCGUCCACUCUGAGCCUCCGAGGAGGGGGCUCACCGGGCACGUCGCGUGGAGGCGGCCGUGGUGGGCUGGCCUCAGGUGGCUUGUGUCGUGCCCUGCGCUCCUACGCGCUCUGCACUCGGCGCACCGCCCGCACCUGCCGCGGGGACCUCGCUUUCCACUCCGCUGUGCAUGGCAUCGAGGACCUGAUGAUCCAACACAACUGCUCGCGCCAGGGCCCCACGGCCCCGCCCCCAGCCCGGGGCCCCGCCCUUCCCGGUGCUGGCCCAGCGCCCCUGACCCCAGACCCCUGUGACUAUGAGGUUCGGUUUUCCCGGCUGCACGGUCGGGCCCCGGGCUUCUUGCAUUGCGCCUCCUUUGGAGACCCCCAUGUGCGCAGCUUCCACCACCACUUUCACACAUGCCGUGUCCAAGGAGCUUGGCCCCUGCUGGAUAACGACUUCCUUUUUGUCCAGGCCACCAGCUCUCCCGUGGCAUCCGGAGCCAACGCUACCACCACCCGGAAGAUCACCAUCAUAUUUAAAAACAUGCAAGAAUGCAUUGACCAGAAAGUCUACCAGGCGGAGGUGGGCAAUCUUCCUGCAGCCUUUGAAGAUGGUUCUAUCAACGGAGGUGACCGACCUGGGGGCUCGAGUUUAUCCAUUCAAACUGCUAACCCUGGGAGCCACGUGGAGAUCCGAGCUGCCUACAUCGGAACAACUAUAGUCAUCCGACAGACAGCCGGACAGCUCUCCUUCUCCAUCAGGGUAGCCGAGGACGUGGCGCGGGCCUUCUCCGCUGAGCAAGACCUACAGCUGUGUGUUGGAGGAUGCCCUCCGAGUCAGCGACUCUCCCGCUCGGAGCGCAGUCGCCGCGGGGCCAUAGCAAUAGAUGCUGCCAGGAGGUUGUGCAAGGAAGGGCUUCCGGUGGAAGACGCCUACUUCCAAUCCUGCGUCUUUGAUGUUUCGGUCUCUGGUGACCCCAACUUUACUGUGGCAGCUCAGACCGCUCUGAACGAUGCCCGAGUCUUCCUGCCGGAUUUGGAGAAACUGCAUCUUUUCCCCUCUGACGCAGGGUGUCCUCUCCUUCCAGGCAUCUGCCUAGUCCAGCUUCUUUCCGGCCUCUCUGUUCUGUGGCUUUGCGUUCAGUAAGUAGGCCAGCAACUCCUGCCUAGUUUGGAAACAUUUGAGGAAUGAGGUUGGUGUGAGAAAACGCAAACAUGUCCCCAGGAAACAGUGGGGACAGGAGACAAUGACGUUUACCCAGAAUCAGAGGAGGCCUCAGCCCAGGGCUGAAAUGACUCUAGAAUAAAGAUUAUGCGCCAGGGUUUUGCAUUCCAGGUCUGAGUAUGGGCUCUUCGCCAUGAACUUCCCAGUCCUAUUUGUAACACACUGCUUAGUCUACUCCACACACACCGGAUACCACUCCUCCUGCACGUCUAGAGAUUGUGAGAGUGCUAACGGGCAGCAAAACAGUAAAGGGCUGAGAUUCCUUAAAGGCAAGAACUAGAAAGGGAAGACCCAAGAUUAU